ACCUGGCCUAGUUUUGUAGCUGCUUCGCCUCCGAGUAUGCGUGCGCGCGGCGGCUCCGCCUGCCCAGGCCACCGUCCCGGGCUAGCGUUCCCGGCCCAGAAGCCUUCCAGGGCGACUCGUCCCCUCCGCGUGGGCUCAGUUUCCCCAGGCGCGCCGCCCCUGUCCUCGGGGACUCCGUCCGCAGAUCCUUCCCGGCGGGUAGUUCUCCCGGUUCAGCGCGCCCUCGCGACGCCUCCGCACGUGUGCGCGUCCCUGCGCGGGGCGGGGCCGCGGACGGCCGCGCCNCCGCCCAGCCCCGCGCCUCGCCGGAGCUGGCCUCCCCAGGGACUGCACGCAGCCUUCCCGGCUGGCCCACGAGAGCCUGGCGGCGCAGAGGCCCGAGUCCCGCCAGCCCGAGUGGAUCCUGGGAGCCGCGGAGGGGCGGCCGCCGCAGCCGAUUUUGGACUCAGAGGAGAAGUCUCCCAGCUCCUUUGCCUGAGUGUUGCCAUGACACUCCAACCCCUUCUCCAAGAGAUGCAGUCCCUGGGAGCACUGCUAGCUGGCAGAGCCAUGCUUCACAACUCCAGCCACAGGGAAGGCAUGGUCCAUGUGGAUAAGACCCAGAGAGUACAGGACAGGGAAGGGGUAUGGGUAGGGGGAGCUCUGGCCCCCAAUACCUCUUCCCCAUUCCCCCCUGAGCCUCCAGGGGCCUCAGGCAGCAUUAUCUUGGUCUACUGUGCCCUCCUGGCCGCCGUGGUCCUUGGUCUGCUCGCCUACGUGGCCUUCAAGUGCUGGCGCUCACAUAAACAAAGACAGCAGCUGGCCAAAGCUCGGACUGCAGAGCUGGGGGCCCUCGACAGGGACCAGAGGCACGGGGACAGCAUUGUCUUCCUGGACAAUCCCAGUGGUCGGGAGCCCUGCGCCCCCAGCCAGGGGCCACAUCCUGAACGUGGCUGCCGGCUCUUCGUUCAUCUCCCUCGGCAGCAGCAAGAGGAAGUGGAGCGGCUCCUGGAAGUGUCAGGCGAACCCGACAAGGGCUGGCAGGGCCUGGCAGGCCGCCUGGGCUACCAGGCUGACGCCGUGGAGAUCAUGGCCCGGGGCCAGGUGCCAGCCUCCACCCUGCUGAGGGACUGGGCUGUCAAAGAAGGCAGUGGUGCCACCCUCAGGGUGCUGGAGGGUGCCCUGGCUGCCAUGGGCCGUGAAGAUGUGGUCCGGGUUCUGGGCCCCCCGGCUGAGGGCUGCUCUGUGGUGUGAGUGACGCCACCACAGACCCGCCUCUCAGGGAACCCGCUUUGGUGCUCCCCUCCACCCGAACACACUUUCCCUUCUAUGAGCUUCCUGGCAUCGGUGGCCUCAGCCUGCUCUGUUGGGAGGGAACACGGAAGAGCCGGCCACCACUCACCUCCCCUUGCCCUACCUUCCUCGAGAACUGGGACCAGGACAUGGGGGGACUUAGCAGUGAGGAGUGGCCCUGCCCUCCUCUUCUCCACUCCACCUUCCCUUAUUUAGCCUCAACUGGUUUUUCUACUUUUGUAUCUCCUAUUAAAGGCAAUUUUGGACUACUG